AUGUUCCUGUGGCGGACAAUGACAUUCCAGGGCAAGUCUCUUACAGUUCGUGAGUUUCUGAAGAGGUCACAAGGUGUUGAAAAUCCUGGCUCCAUGGCAUCCUCGGAACCGGGAGAGCCUCCAUCGGAGCUUCUUGAGAACCUCAGCGAGCACGACGAAGCGUUUUUGGACACCGGAUCACACCUGUCCGAAUCUGCCGAAGGCUCCCAACUUGCCGCCUCGAAUCGCGGUGAUCCUUUGACAGAGGUCCAGAGAAAUGACCAGUUGGACAAAGGACCGAGUAUCAGGCUGAAUCAAGAGGUCAUUGAGAGCAGGGUUGCGAGUGGUCCUGGACCUCCUUUACCUUUCGAGAAACACUCUGUUCCAGACUGUGCUCCAGAAAUUGGUGUAUUUGAGCAACCGGUUCUUACCGGAGGAAGCGUAUCUUCUGUGAAAGCAACAUCUCAGUUCGAAAGACAAAUUGGUAGAGAAGGUGAAGGACGUCUGUCAACCGCCAGCUUGGGCUCUCUGGAGAGCUUCGGCGUCGAUUCUUCCGAAACGCAGCAUAGAUACUCUUCAGCAAGUGAGGAUUUGAGGAGUCCCCUUCACGAGAAGCACAACCGGAACCUCAAGAGCGGGCGGAAGUUCGACCAACCUCUAAGCGGUCAGAAGACAGCGUCGGAGCGGCGCCUGCAAGAGGAGACCAGCACAGACCCAGAGCAUCUGAGGGCCUUAAAGUUCGAAGUGGACGCCCUCCGGCAGGGAUUGCGAGCAUCGAAGGAGGAUCGCCGGCGAGCAGAGCAUGAGAAGCAGAGCAUGCGGAAGGAACUGGAUCGCGUGUUGGCCGCAAAACAGGAGGAGAUGGACGAAGUCAUUCGCGGCGUGAUGGUGGAGAUGCGAGAAGGAGAGGAGGAGAUGCGGAGAGCGAGGGAGAUGGCAGUGGCUGCUAAGUCGAAAGAGAUGGAGAAAGCGCUGAGAAAUUUGAAAGAGAAGCAUCGGAAAGCCGAAGAUGCAGCGGAAGUGACCAAGAGGGCUUCUCAAAUCAGGAUUGAGGAAUUAGAAGCACAGUUGCAGAUGGUUGAGCUUCAGCUUGGAAUGGAACAGGAAGAACGGGCAAAUCUGUCUGCCGCUUUGGAGCGCUUAGAAGGUGACCAUGAUUCCGCCAAAGUGACUUUAGAAGCAGCUAAAAAAGAAGUUUGCGCGGAGACCGGUGGCAGUCUCGAACGAGAGGCAAGGGAUCAGAAGGAGCGCAUUGCUGAGCUCAAGAGAAUGCUAGAGAGCGCCCAAAAGCUUGUCAUUGAGCGCGAGACAGACUUAUCAGGCAUCAUGAAACAGUUCAAGAAGCUGCCGGCGGGCGACAACAAUGCAAGCCCCGAGCACGGGAGACAGGAAGCAGAUGCGUUGCACGCUCUGAUGGAGGAGCUCGAGAGAUGGAAACGAACGAAGGAGGCGGCUGUAGAACAGGGAAGCAAUGCUUUGGCAGAGGUCAACAAGCUGGAGAAUCAGUGCUCCAGACUGGAGUCUGAGCUCUCAAGACGUCAAGCAGCGCGGGAGGCGGAGCUGAAGCAGAUCGUAGAGCUCAGCGAGAGAUUGAAACGACAGGAAACGACGAACGACCUUGUAAAGAGGGAAAAGGAAAGCCUUGUAACUGUGGUGACGCGGCUGCAGGAGGACUUGAAGGCUGUGCAGAUAGAGCUGAGUCAUUCUCGCCGGCAGGUGGAAGAGAUGAAGGCGGAGCGUGACCGAGAAGCAGCUGCUCAGAAGGUGGAAGUCGAGGAGAUGCAGCUGAAGCUGUUUGAAAAAGAGGGUCAAGUGGACAUUCUCUCAGAAAAGCUGCAGCGAAACGAGAGCCUCGCUGCGGAAGACUGGAGAUCCGGCUUUACGCAGAAGGCUGCAACUGAAGAGAAAGUACCGGUGGUCGGUGAGCAGGAGCAGCCGCCGGAUCCUCUCAAGAUUGAAAACCUCGAGAGGCUCGUUGAAGAGCUGAGGACCAAGGCCAGCCAGACGGACGCAGAAUUGACUCUGAAGGACGCUCGGAUCGAAGAGCACCAACUUUACGAGGCGAGGUUGAGAACGGAGCUUCAAAUCUACGAAACAGAAUUGGCGGGCCUGAAAGAUGAGCUUCAGAAGUGGCCGACCGCCCUGCGGGAGAAAGCGGCAGAGUUCGCCCUGCAGCGCAGCAUUCUGCAAAGAGAUAAGGAAGAGCUGGAGCUGGCGCUCGAGGACGCGAGGCUGCGGUUCCAGGAGGCAGAAGGAUGGCACGAGGAGGAGAUGGAGCAGAUGAACAGCAUCUUCAGGGAAAGGGAAGCGCACAUUGAAAGCGAGCUCCGCCAGCUCCAGACAAUUCUCAGCGGCGGCCUGGAAAGGCAAGAGACCGCAGGGAAACGUCCAGAAGCCAUGAGAGAGGAUCCAACCGUAGACCUGAGACGCUCUGCCGGUGAGACAGCCGGUGGACUAAACCGAGAGCACAGCGGGGAGGGGGAGCCAGCAGAGGGGAAUCGCGCAAGGCAAGGCCUGGAGGGCUUGGUAGAGUCCCUACGGUCGCAGAUGCAGAAGGUUAAAGACGAGCUUUCGGGCCGCACCCUGGACGUGCAGGCGGAGCAGAAGAAGAACGCCGUUCUGCUGGGGAUCGUCAGGGAGAUGAAGAUGCGCUGGGACGCGCGCGAGCGGGACUUCGCACGAGCAAGGAGAGACGCAGCAAAGGAGAUCAAGCAGGAGCUAAGCGCAACGGUCAGGCGGCUCGAAGAGACGCGGGCGGAGCUGGCGAAACGCGAGGAAACGAUCCAAGAGCUCAGCCGAGAGCGUCUCGAGCUGGGGAGGAGAGGAGAGGCCCGUUUGAAUUCUCCCCAGCUUGAGCCAAUCACGUUCCGCGUGUUGAAUGACCACCCGAGCGAUCAGGAAAAGGGCGCGGAGGCGGACUUUGUCACUGUGAAAGCUGCGGACUUCUUUGCGCUAAAAAAGCUUUUGGAGGAUCAGGAGCACAAGAUGGACGACAUUAACCGUUUAGCGGCGGCCUUGGAAGAGGAGAGGUCUCCCAGUUUCCCGGCAGGAACACCCGCCGGAGAGUCGUACGAGAAGCCUCCCGAGCCGUUCUUCAACAACCCUCCCGCUUCGGAUGAUCCAGCCCCAGAAUGUGCGGUAACGGAGAGAGAACCUGACCAAACAGCAGUGCUUUCCUCACCAUCUGCGUUCUCUGACGGACACCCCGGCUCGCCCAUCAUCUCGCUAUCCCCGCUGCGGCCGUCAGAGCGCGCGCGGCCGCAGUGGCAGCCUUCAGAACCGCUCGGUUUUGGCAGCACGAUCGACCUAGGGGACGAGAGAUUCAACCGGGGUCUCAGUUCGGCAGCCACAGCAGGGUUGCCGCAUCAGCUGGGCCCUGCAUGCCUCUUAGGCGACGACUACGAUGCUUCGCCGACCAGUCACUUUGCUUUCCCUUCCCCUGACGGACCGACGUUCUCAGACCAGUCGGGAGGAGACUCCCUGAUAGAGUGCCAGGCGGCGCUCGACUCGGCCCUUGUAGAGAUUCAGCGUCGCUUGUCGCAGUCUGGGGCAAAAGGAGCCAAAGGGGUCGUCGCAAACCGGGCGCUCGGGCGGGCACGCGCUAGACUGAGCGGAGCUCACCGGGGCUCGCCCUCCGGGUCGGCAGCGUCAAGCCCCGCGCAAGGGUUUUCCAUCCGAGAAGAAGCGCAGCGGCGUCUGUCGGGCAGGCAGCUCUUGUUCGGGUUCGGCAGAACAGAAACGCGCUCGCCUUCGGACAAGGGCAGCUUGCACGGAGGUGGAGAGCAGCAAGAGUCUGCUUCUCUGUCAAAGCUCCGAGAAUUUGCAGCCCUCCGAAGCAGGAGUUUACGGCGCUUCAGUCUCGUCUCGAGCGCCAACAGCGACGGUCUCUUGAGAAGCAGAUCUGGCUUGAGGCGGCACUUCUCCGUGCUCUUGAGCAGAAUGUUGGCAUGCUAUCCGGCACUCCGCUAG